AGGCAUCGACGAGCUGUGCGCGGGCCCUCUCUGCGACAUGUUCGGCGCACGGGAUGAGAGCGGCCAGGGAGCUACAGAGUUUACCAUGUACACGCUGUGGGCCAUGUCGAGGACAGAAAGACCGCGAGUGCAUCUACUCCGUGGAGAAGAUGGACCACGAUCACAUCAAGAUCGCAUACUCCACAGGAUGGGAGGCAGACCUGACGGGCAAGUUGGCCGAGCGCGGCUGGGACCCGUCCUCGGUCACGAUCGGCGACGAGGCGGGCUUCCCCAUCAAGUGGACGCCAGGGUCGGCGGAGGACCCGCCCACGAAGUCCCAGUUCCCCAUCAGGGUCGAGGAGACCUCACCCAGCGGUGGGCCGCCUCCCUCUGGCGCGGCAUGCCCGAGCAGGCGGAGCUGCUCACCGAGGUGAACCUGGAAACCCUGGGCGCCGUCAUCGGCGGCAAAUCGCAGAACCCGAUCAUGUUUGGCGCGCAGCCAGCAUCACUGAACGACAUGCCCGCCGCGAAGAAGCAAGAGGCAACCGACCUGCUGGUGAAGCUGUACACGAAGGCCGGCCUCUACGACUCGUCCAAGACACCGGAAGACCUCGUGGAGUGCGUCGUCGGCCUGAAGAAUUAGGCCGCUGUUCGAGCAGGUGGAGAAGGCCCCGCGGGACGCUGCAGCCCGCCAGGGUCCUGGUGCAGAGCGGCUCCCCCUCCGACGCGCACAACUGCGGGGCGGGCGACCCUCCGCCGCAGUUGCUGGUAGGAGUUUUCGAGGGGAAGGUCGGCUUUAAUGAGAUUGGGCGGUACUGUGGCUAGCUCAGUCUGAGUAGGCGCUCUGGGUGCGAAAUUGCUACUGGCCUCUGAUAGCCAGCGAGGUGUUGGCGUGCAGUGUCUUAUUGCCAAGAGCGAUGGCAGCACAGCCUUGCUGCCAUGGCCUCCUCAAGUUUUCCAGAGACGCAUACGAUCCGCCAGUUCUCCCCUUCUCGGUCGUAGUGCAUGCUUCUUCCCCCCUCC